UCAUUGACAUUCGUAGAAAUCAAAGGUAACAGACCUAUAUUUGGAUCGAUAUAAAUGAAUUUUCUCUUCGUCGUUGGGAUUUUUUGUUUUCUGUUUUCGACCUUUUGUGAUUCACUAAUUAUGAAUACCUCAACAUGUGUUGAUGAUUGUAAAAAGAAAACAGUUUCCAAUGAGGAAAAUAUUGAACUCUGCAAAACAAGAUGCGAACAAUCUUUCUUAAACAAGACAUUACUAAAUAAAGAAAGCAUUUUACGAAAUUUGUCGACGCCAAUUGCUCCUAAAAUUAUUCGAAUUGAAGAUCAGGCUAUACGUUUGAAUUUCUUCACUCCUGCUCUUAAAAACAUCUCUGAACUGGAGUAUAUCAUAGAAAUAUACCGAAUCAGGAAUCAUAGUCAAAAAAAUGGUUUUGUUAUUGUCUAUCCAUUCAAGCCGAAGUUUCGAAUUACAAACAAAACCGAUUACUCAUUUACGGAUCUUGAACCAAAUGCACAAUAUAAGUUUCGUGUGGUCGCUCUUCGUUUAAAUGGAACAGAACGUUCAGAAUUCAGUCAAUGGAGCAAUAUCACGACAACAAAAAGUUGCACUACAUCUUCCUGUGGUGUCAGCAAUAUGAGACUUCAUGUUACACCUGUUGACCCUGGCCACGGAAUGAAGGGUUUGAAAUCAUUUUUGUUUUGGGAUCCCACCAAACUUAACAAGGAAUAUCGCAGUAAAAACUCGGUUCUUGAAGGAAGUUGUUUGUCUGGUGGCUGGUGUAGUAAGAAUUUUGUUAACUAUAUAAACUACUACUCUGGAUAUGAGAAAUUCUUCAAUGGUAGUACGUUUUUCAACAUUUCGACAUUUUCAUCCAAGCCAACCAUCUUUUUUGAUUGCUGGUAUAAAUUUACGAUUUACGCAACAAAAUAUGGGCUUGACAAACAUGCUAGCCGAACUUGGAUAUUCUACAUACCAAACUGCAUUAACGUUAACAAAUCUAAGACAUGUGGAUGUCCUUAUUUUCCAAGAAAGAAGGAAAAAAAUCAUGACUUAUUUGACGUGAACGUAUUAUCCUCACAUAACAAUAAAUCGGUGGCUCAAGUAAACUGGAAGAAGGAAAUAUGGCAGGCUGAAAAUAUCAUCAAAUUCAAAGUUUCGAUGUUGGAUGUAAACAGUACUCAUCAUAAUGCUUUCCACAAGAUCGUUGAUGCCACAACUGAAUCUCUUGAUUACAGUGUAAAUUUUACAAAUCUUAUCACAUGGAAUGUAUAUGAUGCUGUGUUGACUGCAUUACAUAGUGACCACUGUACUUACGAAGACCGCUACAUAUUCCGAUUUACUGCAUUGGCAGUUUGUCAAUGGAACAACUGCAGGAACAACAGCAAAUGUAAACAAAUUCUAGGAACAAUUAAAUACAAUUGUCCCUGUAAUUAUGGGUUUUUUGAAUUCAAUCUAACAUGCAAAAACACUCCUGAAAAUAUGACAGAAAUCAAAGAGAAAAAAUACAAGAAAGAUACAAAAGAUAAUGGAAUUUUAGCCAUAGUUGCCGGAAUUGUUCCUGCAGUGAUUGUUAUCAUCGUCAUAUUUAUGGCUAUUAUAAUUUGGUUGCGUUAUUUUCAUAAAAAGAAAAUGAAUUCUAUGGAAAGAGAAUUUGAUAUUGCGUUGGAGACAAAUGCUGGUGGAGCCUUGACUGAUCCAUAUGACUUACAAGAUCUAAUGAACGUUGCUUUACCAGAGCAGAAUGGAAAAGAGAUCAACUUAUUGUAUGUGAUGAAAGAUUGUCUUGAAAUGCCCGAAAAUUUAAGGGUUUCGUUGAGGUUGUUAGAAUUGCCAUGUGAACGUAUUCGACGUAGAGAAAUGAUAGGUCGUGGAGCAUUUGGUGAAGUUUAUCUUGGUGAAGCUGAAGAAGUUAAUGAUUCUCCUGGAUGGACCACUGUUGCUAUCAAAACUCUUACAGUUACAGAAGCAGUCCAUAAGAACGAUGUACACGAUUUUAUGCGUGAAAUUGAGCUUAUGGCACAUAUUGGAAAGCAUAAAAAUGUUAUUCAUAUGUUUGGUUGUUGCACAAAGUCUCUUCCUAUAUGUCUGGUUCUUGAAUAUGCACCAGGAGGAAACCUUGUUAAUUAUCUUCGAGCUCUUAAGAAAAAGUGUAAAGAAAUCGCUACGGCACAAGUUUAUGCAUUUAUGGAGACAAAAAGGGGAAAAUUUGAAAAAAAUUUUGAUUCAAGUGAAACAUCUUGUUUUACCAACGAUCCUCAUAAAAGAAAAAAACAAAAUGAAGUAAAGCAAGCUGAAGAAUUAAAUGUAAAAAUCGCCUCGAAGUUUAAAAAUGAGCUUCAAACAGCCCUUGAUCCAAAAGAACUUGAAUCGUUUGCGCGACAGAUUGCUUCGGGAAUGGAACAUGUGUCACAGCUCGGGAUUGUCCACCGAGAUUUGGCAGCAAGAAACAUACUUCUUGGUGAAAACAAGGUGUUGAAAAUAUCUGAUUUCGGUUUGUCACGAGAAGGUUCAACAUACAUCAAAAAAACGGCAGGAAAGAUACCAUUUCGAUGGCUUUCAAUUGAAGCAAUCAGAGAACGUCUUUAUUCAACUGCUAGUGACGUAUGGGCAUUUGGCAUUGUUCUCUGGGAAAUAUGUACACUUGGUGACAUACCUUACCCAACUGUGUCUGAUAAAGAUCUUGAGCAAUUUUUGAUGAGUGGUCAAAGGUUGGACAAAGUGAAUAGUUGCACCGAAGAAAUAUAUACUAUUAUGUUGAAAUGCUGGAGUCAUAUACCAGAAGAUAGGCCAUCGUUCACUGAACUUUCUAAGGAACUUUGGGAUCUGGAGCACAAAGGAAAUACUUACGUGAAUGUUGAAAGUUUAAUGAAACAAUUAAUGAAAGACGAUCAUGGAAAUGGCAAUGGCACUGAAGAGAAAAAUAACAACAAAGAUGGGGAUCAUUUACAGUCGGAUGUUGUUGGUGAAAAUACAGCCUUUGAUAACCCUGGUUUUAGUUUGGGCGAAGAGAAUUAGACAGAGUGUUGAUUAAGGAAAAAUUAAUAAAAGUAAGUGUCUACAGGAAGAAACGUUUUGCUGAAAAUUGACGAGAGUAAAAAUUCCACCUGGCGGUCUUUUUAGAACACUUCUGAUAAAAUUGUAAUUGAGUAUGAAUGAAAUAACUUUUGAGGAAGUAAAAAAUUUCAUAAAUAGUUAAAAAAUACUUUUUGUAAUUUGAGAAGUUAACUUUUUUAUACAAUGAACCUUUGAUGAGUUCUCGAUCGUUUAUUGAAUCCUUAAUUGACAAGGUUAUAUUGCCUUUUUUAAGUCAUUAUAAUAAAUGUUUUGAGCAAUUCCAAUUACAUUUCAAGUUAUCUUAUUGUAGAUACGUAAUUUUAAAGUAUUUUAAAGUAGAACGUAUACGUCUGUAACUUUACUUCGUAGAAGUACAUAAUUACGAUAAUUUGCCAAUAACAUUUUCUAAGAAGA